CAAGCACCCAUCCUAAUUCCUCUGCAUCGUCUCCAUCAUUGAGGAAUCUGUUUCCUGUUUAGAUUCCGAGGGACGCCUCUCUCCUUUUCUCGAGUUUUUUUCUUCGCCGGAGCUCGUAGUGUGGUGUCCCACGGCGGAGAGAGAUGGCUCCCAACGAUCCUAAAAACAGCGGCGGCGGUUUCUUCGCUUCUCUUGCUUCCUCGAUCUCCAAUUUGGGAUCGGCCAUGACCAAAUCAGUUAACGGUUUGGUUGGUUAUGAGGGACUUGAAGUUAUUAACCCUGAAGGAAGUACAGAGGAUGCAGCUGAGGAAGCAAACAGAGGAAGGUGGAAGCAAGAGGAUCGAGAUGGUUAUUGGAAGAUGAUGCAGAAAUACAUAGGAUCUGAUGUCACAUCUAUGGUGACACUGCCUGUGAUUAUUUUUGAACCUAUGACAAUGCUCCAGAAAAUGGCCGAGUUGAUGGAAUAUUCGCAUCUAUUAGACAUGGCAGAAAAAACCGAUGACCCUUAUAUGCGCAUGGUGUAUGCCUCAUCAUGGGCUAUCUCUGUGUACUAUGCUUUCCAACGUACCUGGAAACCGUUUAAUCCAAUCCUCGGAGAGACUUAUGAGAUGGCUAAUUACAAUGGUGUUAACUUCAUCUCUGAACAGGUCAGCCAUCACCCUCCAAUGAGCGCUGGCCAUGCUGAAAAUGAGCAUUUCACUUAUGACUGUACUUCAAAACUGAAAACAAAGUUUCUGGGCAAUUCCAUUGACGUUUACCCAGUAGGAAGGACACGGGUGACACUUAAAAGAGACGGAGUGGUUCUUGACUUGGUACCUCCUCUAACCAAAGUUCACAACCUAAUCUUUGGACGAACUUGGGUGGACUCUCCUGGGGAAAUGAUCAUGACUAACCUGACCACAGGUGAUAAAGUCGUGCUUUACUUCCAACCAUGCGGCUGGUUUGGAUCUGGUCGAUAUGAAGUGGACGGAUAUGUCUACAACGCCUCUGAGGAGCCCAAGAUACUCAUGACCGGUAAAUGGAACGAGUCCAUGAGUUAUCAGCAGUGUGACGGUGAAGGUGAACCUCUCCCAGGCACCGAACUGAAGGAGGUCUGGAAACUCGCUGAUGUUCCAAAGGAUGACAAGUACCAAUACACGCACUUUGCUCACAAGAUCAACAGCUUUGACACUGCCCCGAAAAAGCUGUUGCCCUCUGAUUCACGGUUACGCCCUGACAGAUACGCGCUAGAGAUGGGCGACAUGUCCAAAUCCGGCAAUGAGAAGAGCAGCUUGGAAGAGAGGCAGAGAGCUGAAAAGAGAACCCGCGAAGAGAAAGGUCAAAGCUUUACUCCCAAGUGGUUUGAUAUAACUGAAGAAGUCACUCCUACACCAUGGGGGGAUCUUGAAGUUUACCAGUUCAACGGAAAGUAUUCAGAACAUAGGGAAGCUGCGGAUAGCUCUGAAGACAACACCGACCCUAAGUCAAUCCAGUUCAACCCAUGGCAAUUUCAAGAUUUGUCUACUUAAUGAAUCGCUCCAAAAUAUCAAAUAUUUUUGAUUACAAAUGUUGUAAUUCUUAAUUCUCUCCUAGUUACAACAAACUAUGCUAGCUUUUCUUAAAGUUUACAACU